CUCGCUGGAGUGCGCGCCAUUCAUACAAACAAUAAAUGAAUUAGGAUUCGGCUGAAUAUCAUAUUAUUUAUAACAGCGAUGCGAAACUAUGAGAUAGUUUCGGUCAUCGGCAGCGCCGUCAGUCCCGCGGCAAAAGCCCGCUGAUCCCAUGGUGUAGUCAUAGAAUAAAGAACCAACUUUGGUGUAGUUGUGGUUGCGUGAUUGCGGAAUGCAUAGUUCCUCUGGUUCUACAUGCGGUGCAAACGAAAAGCGCCCAAAGCUUAUUGUGUUUGAUUUAGACUACACAUUGUGGCCUAUGUAUGUGGAUACACAUGUCACGCCUCCAUUUAAGAAAGUCAAUGGUAAGAUCACUGACAAACAUGGCCGAAAAGUUCAAGCAUAUCCAGAUGUCCCAGGAAUGCUGGAAAGCCUCAAGUCCCAAAAGUACCAAUUGGGGUUGGCAUCAAGGACUGAUGACCCAGAUGCAGCAAAGGAGCUUCUAACUUUACUUGAUUGGAAUAAGUACUUUCCCUAUCAGGAAAUUUACCCUGGCUGCAAAGUGACCCACUUCAAGAAGUUUGCGCAGCGAACAGGUUUUUCUUACAAGCAUAUGCUGUUUUUUGAUGACGAGAUGCGAAACAUCACUGAUGUCUCUAAGCUUGGUGUCACGUGUGUCCACGUAAAAGAUGGAAUGUCUCAGGAAGUUCUUGAUGAAGGUCUUAGAAGAUUUGGAAGUGAAACAUGAAUCGCAGGGUCACCUUGGCCUGGUCCACAUACUUGUACAUUUAGAAUAAAGCCGGCAAGCCAUGAAAACUGUCAUGCUUGUUCUU